CCUGUCUUCAUGUUCUACACUCUGGAUGUGAUGAGCCAUUUCCCCUCUGGUUUGCCGUGAUGUCAGCAUGGGAAAAUAGCUCAUGGGAAUUCAGCCACUGCUCUGAUUGGUAGAGCGGCCUCCAAACUACACAUAUAAUAAAAAACUGGUCUUUCUAUAAAGUUACGUAAUACAGAAAACCACAGGAAUAACAUGAACUGGGAAGGAGAUGACUCUCUUCUCUCCGCCGGGCGUCACCUUGGUGUUACUUUGAGGGAGGUUGAGUGGGAGGAGAUAUGCAGAUGGUGACUGUGAAGCCCUAUUAGUGGCGUCUGUAGUCCACCAAACUCACAGUGGACUGUUGUCACUCCAACGCAGUCCUCCACACCCACAGCCAGUGUUAGGGUCAAUGCUCACAAGGUGGCAUUCUGCUUCAUAGCACAGUCAAAAAGGCUGAACUAGAGAGACUGAAUUCUUCUUUAAGCCUUUUUUGAGAUAUCUUUUACCAAUACAGUCAUUUCCAUUUCAAGUGAUCGGAGAGGAAUAUUCAGGGUAAUAUUUGCCCUUGAUGGUGGAUUACUUUUUCUUCUUUGAGAUCUACUUUACCUCAGUUUGAGGACUCCUUUCUCCAAGCUUUUGAUUUUUAACACGAGGAUAUUCAAGGAUGCAUUUUGUGACGACUGCGAGUCCUUUGGUGUUCAUGACUUUAUUUCUGUCACUGGUCGAAACCAAGUUCUACAGACCGUUCCAGUUUAACCAGUAUAAAGCUGGGCUCAGUCAACACCAUGAUCCAGGGAAUCCCACCAGCAGACACAAAAACCACUGUGCCUAUGUCACUGAAAAGACAGUGUCCUUCACCGUGCAGGACGGCGCAGCCCCGUAUGUAAAAGCUGAGUACAACAAGUGCUCUUGGGGUCAGAAGUGUCCAACUCUCCAGUAUCGUCUGAUGUACAAACCACUCUACAAGGUGGCACAUAAAACUGUCACAGAGCUGGAGUGGCGCUGCUGUCCUGGGUACUCUGGUUAUGGCUGUAUGGAGGGACAUCCAGUUUACCAACACACCAUGAAAAUGAUGCCACCUUUCAAGGGCCCACCAAUGAAAGGCCCGCAGUUUAAGGGGCCACAGUACAAAGGUCCAAUGUUCAAGGGUCCCAUGUUCAAGGGCCCUCCUAUUAACACUGCUGUGAAGGCCAACCCAUGGAGCCAAAAAGGACCUCCCACUAACGGCUUCAACUCUUAUCCAAUGCGUCACUUUGGACCUCCGAGGUCCGCCUACCCUGACACCUCCUUUGAGCCUUUUCCGUCUGAGCCAGAGCCGAUGCCAGAGCACCAGGAACCACAUCACACAGAGCACAACCCAGAACACGAACAUGAGCUUGAGCAUGAGCAUGAGCAUGGCCAAGGACCAGAGGAACACGUACCAGAGGAACAUGUAGCAGAGGAACAUGUACCAGAGGAACACGUACCAGAGGAAAUCCCUGCACCUCUCUCUGGUGGUGAUCAACCUGAGAGUGAGACCAUAGGCAAGGCCCUUGACAGUGAGACAGAGGAACGAAUAUUUCGAAUGGAGGAGGAUGUACAACGUCUGAACCAGGGUCUGGAGACCCUGAGGGGAACCGUGAAUGGAUUGGAGGACAGUCUACGAGCCUCGCUGAGAGAGGACGCCAAUAGGAUGCUGUCGGCUCUGCUAUCUGCUGCCCCUGGUCCUGUCCCUGCUCCAGCUGUAGCCUCCAGUCCAUCCACCAUGGGGUUUGUGGAGAUUCCCGCGGGAGAUUCUGAGAUAGGAGGUCUAGAUGGUAGACAUGUGUUUCCAGGCCUCACAGAAUUAAAUGUAAGAGUAGAGGAGCUCAGGACAGAGCUGCAAGCGAAGACAACAGAGCUGCAGGAGAUUAAAGCAACAGUGAUGGGACAUGAAGGAGCACUGAAGAAGAUGUCCAAUAGAGGAGUGGUGUCAGACUCCACUGCCAAUCUCGAGGGACAUGCCCAGAGUGCAUUGGAGAAGUCGAUAGAUGCCAAGCUGAGUGAGGCCAGGACAGAAAUUUUUGGUGGGCUUGAGAAGCGUGUGGAGAGCGCAGAGGGCCGAUGCGAGGAGAAAGCCGGGGAUGUGCGUCGUCAGUGCCAGAGGGAGCAAGGUGAGAGGCAGGAGCAGAUGGAAGAUGCUCUGGCGGAAAGUAGCACAGACUUGAGAACAGAGCUGAGAAGCCUCCAGGCACAGAUACAUGGUUUAAAGGCUGCAGAUGGCUGCUGUGUUGGAGUGAGUGGACUGGCAGAAAGGGUGCAGCUGCUGGAAACAUCAGUGGCAGGCCUCAACCAGUCCCAGGGCCACCUGAGAGUGGAGCUGGGUGGACACAAGGACCACAUAGAGGGAAUGCUUGCGGGGCGUCUGGGAUAUGUGGAGGCAAAGCUCAACCUGACCGGGAAGAUUAAAGGUAAUGAGCCUGGAAGGAAAAGUGGUAUCCCAUACAAAGCUGAGACGGGACAAGGUCUGGAGGACAGAAUGGAGGGUAAGUUGAGGGCUCUAGAAGGCCGUUUACUGACAGCUUUGGAGGAGCUGGGUAAUGUCACUGCUCCCGCACUGCUGGAGGGUCAUGCUGUCCCCACUCUGGAGACGGAGCUGGAGUCCCUCCGAGGGAGACUAGAGGUGGAUGUGGACCAAGUGAAGAAGCACCUGAGCAGCCUUGAGAUUCUCUGCUCCACUUCCUGUUCCUCACCUCAAAACCCAUCCGCCAUCCAGGGAGACUCAGCAGCACCAAGUGCAAAGCUGUCAUCAGAGCAGAAUGUGAAGGAGGUACUCGACCUGCAAGACGACCGUUUGAACAACCUCAAUAUCACACUGCAGCACAUCCUGAAAAAUCUGACUCACAGGAACGAGCAGGAACAAGCAGAGGCAGAUUAUCCCAUCAAGGGGGAGCUCACAAUACUGAAAUUCAAUGUCCGCUCAGUCAACCACACCCUGAGAGACCUCCAGGAUUCCCUUGGGACAGUGGUCCACCAGGUGGGUCAAAACAACAGCACCUGGCAUGAAAGAGAGGCUCGUCUGGCCCAGCAGAUAAAGGGCGUGGUCCAGCUGGUUGGACAUCAAGCUUCCAUGCUUGGGGCAGGUGAGCGAAGGCUGGCACGACUCAGAGGUGAGCUGCAGACGAUGAAGAGGCGACUUGCUCAGGAGGUCCAAGGCUGCCGGAGCACAGCAAUGGGAGUCCAGAAGGAGGUCACUGAGGUAGGAGGGCGUGUCGCCAGUGUGGAGGACCAGUGUAAGGGCCUGAAUUACUUGGCAGAGGACCUUGAGAGAAUCAGGGAGGAGCUGGAAGGACAGUCGAAUGGGCUUCUUCUGCAAAUGAAUGGGACUCUUACCAGUCACACUCAGCAGCUGUCUGAGCUGAGAGGCGAAGUCAGAAACUGCACCUCCAAGGCGUCGCCAACACAACAGAGUUUAGAGUCAGAGGCAGAGCUGAGACGAGGGGACACCUUCACUUUGAAUUAGCUCAGUUUAUAAGAACAACAGAUUUCAAGAAUGAAUGAAAAAGGAUAAAUGUUUUGCAGGUGUUUCAGGGGUCCACUAAAAAACCCAAUCUCAUUAACUGAACUGUACAAUACAAAGGUUUUGAACCUGCACUGACAUAAGGAUGGUCUUAGUUUGCUUACAGUAUAAAAUGAAAACGGCAGCUAAUUCCGACUGCACUAACAACACAAAGUCUAAGAAAAUGUGUCAUAUUGGUGCUACGAUUAAAUGUUUGUUGUAAUGGACAAUUAUUUAUAGACCACCAGCGACUGAAUGAGUGACAAACAGCAGUAAGCUGCACCUGUGUUACUGUACUGUUUCUGUAAAGCUUAAAAAUAAUUCUUAUAUGAGCAUUUUAACAAUGUUGACAUGUUUAAAUUUUGUACUGAUUUUUCUACAAGUAUACAUGAUGUUAUGUUUCUAUGUGGUUUUAUUUGUUGAGCAUUUGUUUCUAUUCUUGAUGUAAUAAUGAA